CAAACCUCCCGAACUGCUGUCGCCCCAGGUGCCCUGACACCCCUCUUCGCUUCCUCGCCAACAGCAGGUACGUCAAUACGACGCCGCGCUCGACCUCCCCACCCCGCAAUCACAGGCUCACAACUUUCCAGGGCAAGCCAACAUCAGCUUUCUCUCCUAGCAUUGCUACUUGCUCCUUGCCCUUUGGAUCCACUGUGGGCAGCCUGUAGCCUCGACCACGCCUCUCCGUGACCCGACACAGUCCCUCCACCAUGGACGCAAAUCAAAACGAUGAGCUCUACCCAAUCGCCGUUCUCAUUGAUGAAUUGAAGCACGACGAUGUCAUCCUGCGAUUGAACGCAAUCCAUCGCCUCAACACGAUCGCUCUGGCGUUGGGCGCCGAGCGGACACGGGAGGAGCUCAUACCCUUUCUAGACGAGUCGGUCGAGGAUGAAGACGAGGUGCUAACGGCACUAAGCGACGAGCUGGGCAAGUUCGUCGAGUAUGUCGGAGGCCCAGAGCACGCGCAUGUGCUCCUCUCACCCCUCGAGAAUCUUGCGGCGAUAGAAGAGCCUCUCGUUCGGGAGAAGGCUGUCGAGUCACUGAACAAGAUCUGCGAGGAACUGUCGCAGCAGCAGAUCGAAGAUGCCUUCAUUCCCCUCGUCCUGCGCCUGUCUAAAGCCGACUGGUUCACCUCCAAAAUCUCCGCGACUGGUCUGUAUCAGACGCCGUACACCCGAGCUACACCCCCCUCGCAAGAAGCGCUCCGACAGCACUACGGCCAGCUCGUGCACGAUGACACACCGAUGGUCCGGAGACAGGCAGCGAAUAACCUCGCAAAGUUCAUCAAGGCUAUGCCGCCAUCGAUUGUCAUUGAAGAAAUGAUCCCGCUUUUCCAGCACCUUGCCGCGGAUGACCAGGAUAGCGUCCGGCUCCUGACAGUCGACAUCCUUAUUGCUAUUGCAGAGGCAGUGCCCAAGGAGCAGCAGUCGAGUCACGGCGUCUUGUUGACUGCGCUGCGGAGUCUGUUCGAGGACAAGAGCUGGAGGGUGCGAUAUAUGGUUGCAGACCGAUAUGAAAAGAUUGCAAAAGCGGUCGAUGAGGAGGUCGUCAACCGAGACCUUGUUCCAGCGUUCGUAAAGCUGCUCAAAGACACAGAGGCGGAGGUUCGCAGUGCGAUCGCGGGGCAGAUCCCAGGCUUCUGCGCGCUUCUUGAACGCGAGACACUUCUACACGACGUCAUGCCCAGCAUAGAGGAGCUGGUCUCUGAUCAAUCACAACAUGUCCGCGCCGCUCUUGGCACCCAGAUCAGUGGGCUGGCCCCAAUUCUCGGGAAAGAUGAGACCAUCUCACACCUUCUUCCGAUGUUCCUACAAAUGCUCAAGGACGAGUUCCCUGACGUAAGAUUGAACAUCAUCUCGAAGCUCGAGUCUGUCAACAAUGUUAUUGGCAUUGAACUUCUUUCUCAGUCUCUUCUUCCCGCAAUCGUGCAGCUCGCCGAAGACAAGCAAUGGCGCGUGCGCUUGGCCAUCAUCGAAUACGUUCCUCUUCUUGCAUCGCAACUAGGUGUUAAGUUUUUCGACGAGAAACUCAGCAGCUUGUGCAUGAGCUGGCUUGGCGACACAGUCUUCUCCAUCCGUGAAGCGUCGACCCAAAACUUGAAGAAGCUUACUGAGGUAUUCGGAGUCGAAUGGGCCAAUGAUGCCAUCGUACCAAAGGUUAUGGCGAUGGGUCAGCAUCCCAACUACCUCUACCGGAUGACUACCUGCUUCGCCGUCUCUACCCUCGCACCGGCGCUCAGCCUUGACGUUAUCGAGCAAUCUAUCCUACCCAUGAUGGACAAGCUCGUCAACGACGACAUCCCCAACAUUCGCUUCAAUGUAGCCAAGUCAUACGGCCAAUUGAUUGCCACACUGAAGCAACUACCAGAGGAAGGCACAGUCAUUGCUCUUGACAAGGCAGGCACACCCGGCCAAGGUUGCCAAAAGGCGACCGAUCUCAUCACCAAGAGCAUCCUACCGAACCUGGAGAAGCUGCAGCAAGACGAUGAUGUGGAUGUCAGGUACUUUGCCACCACGGCAGCGCAGAGUUUUACGGAAGCAAUGCAGACCUAGGAGGUUGUGAUGCAUCCAAGAAGCCGCGUUAUUGGAAUGGGAUGAAGACACGAUAGGCAUUCACGUUCACGCAUGUGCAUGGGAAAUGAUUAGGAUAGAGGAGAGAGGUAGAGAAGAGUGAAGCCUAGCUUGCUUGGUCAUUUUGAGGGUGGCAUGGUGCAUUGUAGCGAAUUGAAGGCUUUAAGUGCCUGGGCGGAAAGUAGUUGGGUGACAUCGAACAUAACCAACAAAAUUACCCUGUUAGAAUCAUGAUCAUGUUACGUUGAAAUGCAUUAUCUCGGGGUCCUUGUACUUUUUCACUGUGC